GGACGUGAUCAUGAAAGAACCUAGUACAACAAUCUACAAUGGCCUCUAUAAUUCCAACAAUGAAGUGUACUGCAGGCGGUUUUCUCAAGAUAGUUAAACAAACGAUCCAUUUAAGCUGUCACGUUAAACCCAACUCCAGCGCAUCAAGAGUAGGUGUGAAAGCCUUCUCAGAUACAUCUUCCUCGAUCGAGGUAUGCGUCGCCCAGCCAGCACGGGACAAUGAAGCAAAUAAAGGAGUUGUUGAAGUUCUGAGUCAUAUAUUGAAAUGCCCAAAGACCGACCUAGAAGUCAUUCGUGGGAAGACAUCGAAGAAUAAGAUUAUUGCGUACAAAGGUAUAGAGGACUUGUUGGCAAAUGAUUCUCUAGCUGAAUUGACUUUGGAAGGGGUUAGACAACGCUUGCAGAUGGCAAGUAGGACUGCGGAGCCUUGAUAGAUUAGGCGUAUUUGGGGACUUGCUUUUGCGAUCAGUAAACACCCAAUCUACAUUCUUCCAUAUAACAUUUGUUGAGAUCCGGCAAUCCCCCAUACAGCAUUCCCGAGCUACUUCAUUUCAAAGAUUCGUCUGAACCAGUUUUGCUCAUCAACGUAAUGAAUUAUACUCUUAAUGUCCCUCACAUUUUCGCUAGUUAGUCGAGAUAUGCCGGUCAUCCGUUGAGGUGCUUUUUGACAGCGUGUUGCGGAUCGAGGGAACAAUGGCAAAGCGCGCAAACCGACCGAUAGCAAGAUCAGCUCCAGCUCUGUACGCCGGCACAAGUCUUAUAGUACUCCCCUGUUGGACCCUGUUGAACCCUCCGAGUCGAUCUUUCGUAUCAUGUCCGUCAUCCCGUAGGCGAAGGAAGAUACAUUGUUGGAGAAGUGAUCAUCGCGCAACCUGGCGCGAAAGCUCCUAUGUUGUAUGGACUCGGGUCUCCGGUUAUUUGAACCGAUACGCCAAAGUAUGAGCAGAUAACGGUGGUCAAGAGAACAGUGUAAAGAGAGUAGAAUGUUUACCACAAACAGCAAUAGCUAGCAUCUGACUUCAUCAAGUAUCAUCUUGAAUGCGAGUAUAAUUUGAGCUUAGCAAAUCAAAAAUUAUCACUGGAAUAUGAUAUAGGAAGGAAUUCAGAACAUAGUUGGGUUUGUGAGGCUGU